UUAUUGUACUGUCUGAGUAAGGAUGGACAGGGACACUGAUUUUCUGGGGAAAUAUCGGUCAAUUUCAAGUAAAUUAAAAAAACGAUUUCUGCGGAAGCCAAAUGUUGCCGAAGCAAGCGAUCAGUUUGGUUCACUAGCAAAGACCCUUGAGAAUCAGGAAUGUUCAUCCUAUGCAGCCAUCUGUAGCCUAGCCAAAGCCAGGUGCGAGCACACCUUAUCCAACAUGCCGGCCGAGGCAGAAGCGUUAGUCAGCGCCGCACACCACUUCAUGCAUGCAGAGGAGGGGGACCACGACCUCAAAUGCCCCACCUUUGAGGAAAACCUUACCGCUGCCAUCAACUGCUACAACCAUGCUGUCAGAGUGAGUGUUUCUCCAAAGUGAUUGUGAUGUUCAGUCGCAUGCGAUUCUUAUGUUUUUUCUCCUUUGCAGAAAUUAGAGAAGCCAGUCGAAGCAAUGGGACAUUACCAGCGGGCAGCCGAUUUACAGUAUCAGAGUCCUUUGGACUGUCUUCAUUCAUUGGGUAAAGUGUCUUCCUGCAAGAUCGAAACAGGGGAUUUUGAUGGUGCCCUCAGCGUCUUGACCGAGAUGGAGUACUUGGCCCAGGAGAGGGGGGUGAUCAGCCAGGGAGCCAAGCCCAUCGGGGCCUUUUCAGAUAUCUUGGCUAACUGCCAAGUGUCCCGAGUGCUGCUGCUUAUGUUGCUGCAGCCCACACCACAGCGCAUCAGACCAGAACAUGCGCAGACAUUAGAGAGGUAUGCAUGGGAGUCAACCGAGGAGAGUAGCUUAGUUGUUGAAUGUUUGAGUGAGGAGCUCUUCCUUCUAAUGCAGUCCAUGGUGAUGGCUUGCCAGUCCAGGGAUAUCAACUCAUUACAAGCCCUUCAGGCUGAUCUCUGGAAGCAUCUGACAUCAGAGCAGAACCAUCUUCUUCAUCUUGUCAUUAAUAAACUCUCCCACGCUGACCAAGAGACUACAUACGAGUAACUGUCAUGGAUGGGAAUGGUGCCCUGAAAUCUGCCAUCUAGUGACAGGGAAUUGCCACCUGCUUCUUGAAAGGAGUCUCUUGGAACAAAAAUGAACUCUUGAAGUGAAUUGAGCCACGUCUGAAUGAAGGCUGCGUUGAAGGGUUGCGGCUGCUCAUCGUAAUGCUCCAAUGGCAAGAGCUGAAGUCACAGCCACAGAAUAUCCGGUUUGGAGACAGCCUCACAGAAAUUUUUAAAAAAAGCAGCAUGAUAUGAAACCCUCCUUGAUGCAUCAAGGAAGUCACUUUAUUGUAUUGUAGCCCAAAGCAGACUUCAGUAGAUGGCAAACACACUGAAACAAACCAAGAAAAGGGUAAAACAGCACAAUUCUCCACGGGUUACUUUGGACGACAGUUAGAUAGGAUGUAUAAAACACACCUCAAAAAUGCACAAAUAUUAAUAUGACUAAUCCAGAUUUUGAGCCCUGUCUAUUUUUUAGUUUUAUCGGAGAGCUUAGUUGAAAACAAGUAUGAUUUUCACUGGCUGAAUUCUUCUAGUUUAGAAAAGCGGCGUUUUCAAAAGAACACUGUAACUCAUAACACCAAACGCCUGCCCUAUCAAACUACCAACUUUCGUUGUUCCAGCAUUUUCUGUUAAAAAAUAAAAUCAGGGGCCGCUGCUAGUGUUUCUCUUUCACUUCCUGGCAUUGAAAAUGCAGAAUGUAAUAGAACAAAACAGGUCAAUAGGUGACAUGAAAGCAGAAACUAUUCAAGUCACAAUCAAUGGCAAAGACAGCUUCCUUCACGUCAUUUGGCUGUUAAGUUUAGAUUUCUGUUUGUUGAGAAUACAUGCGAUCAGUUUCGUGUGGCCCCAGUGUUUGCUGACGCAAGAUUUUAGAAAAUUGGAUUAGAAAUGAAUACGCCUUUGGUCCUUCACAGCCAAAUAAGGUAAUUUUGAUUCUUGAUGUAUUCACAUGAGCAGACACUGUUUAUGCAAAUGAAUGCAGAAAAGUAACCAAUCAAAUACAGAAGGAUCUAUGGCUUCAGAACGGUAUGCAUUUGUGGCAGUGGUGCCCUUCAUGCACUUUGCACUAGGCCAUCUGGAAGUGUGCAAAGUGAGGAAGCAGUGUUAUAUUCAACAUAAAGGGAAAACCGGCAUCCACUUGAUGUCAGCAGAUUUUUAAUCUGGAUCUUUGUGCAGAUGAACACCCAAAACACCCGUCUGAAAUUAUCUCUAGUGGAAAACUUGCAGAAGGGAAAAAAGUGGAAAGGAAUGGUCAUUCCUGAACGAUCAGCCGUCCAGUUUUUCUGUUCAUAGUAAUUAUUGCAUCAGACUGGCAAAUACAAACAAAUGUUAGUAAGUCAAAACAAGUCAGAAAACACAUGCCUCCCUUUGAACUGGUUUGAAAUUAACCGAUUGGUUUGGUUUUGCUCAGGCAAUCCAAUGGGAUGAGUCGGAAUUAAGUCCUGACCUCAAUACCUCUUCACUAGAUGCCAACAAACCUUGAAAAUCAGUCAUGGGCCCUCUUUGGCUCAACUUGCAGACCUAUCAAAAGGGGGACUAAUCCCACACAAUGGUACCAUAAACUUCAUGCAAAUUCAGAACUCACCAAGGAAAGUGAAGAAACUGCGACAGGGUAGUAUGUGUUCCCAACAUUGAGUCCGGUACUGUAACACACUUUCGCCAGAUGCAAGUUUUGGUUUCAUUUUAACCAAUGUAUGAGUGCAGUAUACGUGUUUGAAAAGCAUUUCCAUAACUUCUGGAGUCAGUCAACGUGCAGAAUGCAAAUAGGCAUAUACACUACUCUCAGCACACAGUUCAGCCAUGUCUUCCGAGCUGUAUGUUCUGCUAUGCUCAAAUUCGGUAUUUGUUCUCGAUGAAUGCAAUGGAACAGUCAUAAAAGAUGAUGCAGAUAUCUCACAAGCUAUGGACGACUACCAGAACAAACAGGAAAUCAACAUCAUCAUAAAGGAUGAGGCUGCCCGGUGCGUGGCACCAGUCGGCCUCUUGUUGAAUUUGGUUUUCCUGUUUGUUGUGGCACGUGUCCCGUCCAUGCGCUCCGUUGUCAAUGUCUACUUGGGCAAUUUAGCAGUGGCAGAUGGCGUAUUUCUCGUGGGGGUGCUCAUUUCAAGAUCAUGGCCUGAUGGUAGCUCAGUGUUCAGAGCAGUUCGAGGGUGCAUUUGUGCUUCCAGCAAUGUGGCAUCUUACUUUAUUGUAAUGGCCCUAGCUGUUGAGAGAUUCUAUGCUGUGUGCCGUCCAUUGACAGUGAGAGCUGAAUCCAGCAAAGGGUUAGCUGUUAAAAGACUGGCUCCAGUAUGGAUUAUUGCCAUCAUCACAGGAAGUGCAUUGGAUUUGACAUGGCGUUUGGAAGGCCAAACAGUAACGCUGAACAUUGUUUCAUUUCUGCUCUUAUUCAUGUACAUGGCUGGCUUAAUCACUGUUACUUCCCUUUACACUUGCAUUGUCAAGAAACUGCGACAAACACCAAGGAUGACAUCAACUGCUGAUGAACAACAGCGGCUGCGGAGAGUAGUCUUCAUGGUCAUCGUAAAUACUGCUGUGUUUUUCCUCCUGAAUGUCUCAACCAUUGCAACUCUUCUAGCACUGAUCAUUUUGAACAACCCAGAUGUUUGGUGGGACCUCAAAGCCUUACAAUCACUAGAAGAUUUGGAAAUGGUUAGGUUCAUCUUGCACCUGAUCAACUGUUCAGUUGAUCCCCUGGUUUACAGCGGCAUGAACCCAGAUUACAGGGCAGCCUUUGUGGAGGCAUUUUCAUGCCUCUGCCCCAAGUGCACUUGUAACUGGCAUCUUCAAGAUACCCCAAAGCAGGCAGGGGAGAAGAAAGAACGACACGAAUUCCAAAGACAAAGUUCCUCAGAAGAGAUAGAACAGCCGAUUGAAUUGCAAGAGAUUGUCCCCAGCCAAGAUACAGUUCAAGAGACAACAGAGCCAAAAGAAGUACAAGGUGAAGAUAACCCACUACAUGCAGCCACAGUACAGGUUGAUCUGCAAGAAAUCCACCGAGGUCAAAGUGAAUUAAUGCCCAGUGGGCUCUCUGUGUUAUCAGACAGGGUGUUUGUUACCUAGUAACAUCAUCCAACUAAACUGUAUCAAAUCGGAUAUGACCCCAUUGACUGCUACUGUGCAUGCAUCUAUACACAUCUGGUGCAUUUUUUAUUGCUGAUAAGUUCUGAGCCGAUUUGCUUCUGUACUGAUAAUGUCUUGCGUUAUGAACAACCAGGAUGUGUUGACCUGACAGAGAAACCAUUACUACGGAGGCACCACAUUUGAGCAUGGGUCGUUUAAAUGACAUGACUCUUUUGCCUAAAUGGAUACCUUUAAGUAAAAGGCAUUGAAUGUUGAGGUGCAUGAGUGUAAUGCAUCAAAGUGAUGUUGCUUCCUUAAAUUAAAGGCAAGUUCAGGCGGCAAUUAUAGUUCAACCAGUAGCCAAUUUCUUUUUAACUGCGCAUGCGUAAUUUAGUUACAAUUUAGUUUAAAUCUCAUUAUUCACAUUUCAACAUUGGCUGCGAUUCUCGCAGCAUGCAUAGUUAUUGAAAUCUCGUAGUUAUUUUCAUGUGAAUGGUUCCCUCUGUAAUGACAAAUGAAAUUUGGUAUUGAUAACCAUACCCCUGGGCUUGGUUCCAAAUGGUCGACUAGUUAAUUCAAAAUAUCCAUCAUUCAAGCAGCAUUAGUCAAACUUUAGUUUUAAUUAACUAUAGUCAUCGCUUGAACUUGCCCUGAUCUGUAGAAUUAGAAUUUAGAAUUUUACCAAAUCUCUGUGAAAUUUCUUGAUUGGAGUUUCUCAUAUUUUGCAGAUAUAAUAGGUAUAUAAAGAUCUGCAGCAUGAAUACAUUUUUUCAGCAGACUGUCUCCAUAAAACAGUUUUCCGUAAAGAACAUGAACAUGUUUUUUUGUUUUAAGUUACACUGAGCACUCAUGUGAAAGUGUCAAAUUUAUCCAGUGUAAACCGUAGCAGGCCUACUUGAAUUUGUAUGGCCAACGGAAACCAAGUCAGUGUAAAUGAACACAGAAGUCAGAAAAAUGAAUUACAUGGCACAAGUAAUUUCCAGUUGACCUACAGUUUACCUGAAUAAUUUUGCAACUCAACCUUUGAAGACAAAAAUUAUAUGACCAAUCGCGAACCAUGGAAAUACCUUGUCUGGAUAUUUUAUUGUCACAAUGUUCUGUGUGAACUAUUUUCUGUUUGUAUACUGGUCAUGUUUACUACUUAACACAAAAAGGGUAUUUACAAGAACUGUGUAAACUACAUAGCUCACACUCCAUGUUUAUUAUCAAUGAGGAAAUUCCAGAUACUCGAUUUGUCCAAAAUGUGCAACUGGUUGCUAGUCUUAUUUCCAGGAGUCAGCCCACUUCGAUUAAUGGCUGGAAGUUCAUGUACUUCUUGCCGUAUUUCAAUAAGCCACGCAGUAAUAUUGGAACUAUGUCAAUAUGUUGCCAUUGACUUACUCAUUAAAUUACUUUUUAAUUUAGAAUUCAUGAUUUCUGAAGCACACAAAGAGAGCCUGUACAACAAACAAUGAUAUUUACAAGUCAGUGUUGUAUGAUUGUUUUAAAAAAUUAUCUGUACAAAAUUUGUGUAAAGACACCAAUUUAUCAAGGUACACAUAAUGCAUUAGAUUUAAAAUAAAUUUAUUUUAAAGA